UUUCCUUUUUGCACCGUUCCAAGCACAUCAUACCUCUGUCCAUUUGUGCACGAUUACACACCGGCGAUUUUUCCUUUUACAAAAUGUUCCAUAUCAUCAAACGAGGCAUCUCUACCACGGCAUCCUUGUCGGGGAAGAAGAAUUUUCGAAAAUUUUUGCUGUACAACAAACGGGGAACACGCAUCUUCAAACAACAACGUGCUGCCAAUCCGGACCUUUACCCGGAUAUGCCAAUCGACAAGCGAGGUGUGCGUGAUACAGGCGUAACCAUCGACGGCAACUUUGUUGAAAUAGCGGAAAGGAUUCCGGAGCUGAUUGUCCCCAACUUGGAAGGAUGUAAAUUCAAGCCAUACGUCUCGUACAAAGCGCCUGAUGUUGUGCAGUCGGAAUUCACCAGCCAGGACCUGUUCAAUUCGGUGUAUGCCCAAAAGAUCAUAGAUGAUUGGAAGUCCGGAAAGUUGAACGACGAUGGAAGCCCGAUGGAACCGUCGGCCGAAGAAAUGCAGUCAGCUGAAGAAGCAUGGAUUAAAGCAAGAAAAACUGGAUCGGACAUAUUUUAAAUGCUUUGGUGCAUGUGCAAUUAGUGAAUAAAAUACUAUUUAUUAGGUAGUUCCAAA